CCGACUUCCGCUUCAACGGAAAUGACGUCAUCGCAGAGCCUGUUUUCUGACGUACAGAUAAAACAACUGAAUGAUUGUCAGAUUAAAUUAUAAAUAUACACUUAUAUUUAGAAAUAGACUUUAUUUUUACAUGCAGUAACCUAAUUGAUCUUUAAUUGUUCAUCGAGAGCGCGAGUUCAGCAUCUUAAUGAAUGAAAAGAUUUAACACAGACACGUGCAGUCAUGUUUACAGAUAUGGAUUAUGAGCUGGAGGAGGACAAACUUGGGAUUCCUACAGUUCCAGGAACAGUGACUCUAAAGAAAGACCAACAGAAUCUGAUUGGGAUCAGCAUUGGGGGCGGAGCUCAGUUCUGUCCCUGUCUCUACAUCGUACAGGUGUUUGAUAACACUCCAGCAUCUCUAGAUGGGACUCUGGCUGCUGGUGAUGAGAUUACCGGGGUUAACGGUAAACCAGUAAAAGGAAAAACUAAAGUGGAGGUGGCCAAGAUGAUCCAGACAGUUCAGAGUGAAGUUGUGAUUCAGUAUAAUAAACUCCAGGCCGACCCAAAGCAGGGCAAAUCUCUGGAUAUUGUUCUGAAGAAAGUGAAGCAUCGUCUGGUGGAGAACCUGAGCUCAGGAACAGCAGAUGCUCUCGGUCUAAGUAGAGCUAUUCUGUGUAACGAUGGUCUGGUGAAGAGACUGGAGGAACUUGAGAAAACAGCAGAACUUUACAAAGGUCUGAUGGAUCACACUAAGAGGCUUCUCAGAGCUUUCUAUGAGCUCUCUCAGACACACAGAGCGUUUGGCGAUGUGUUCUCUGUCAUCGGUGUUCGUGAGCCACAGGCCGCAGCCAGCGAAGCUUUCGUGAAGUUUGCUGAAGCUCAUCGUAACAUGGAGAAGUUUGGCAUCCAGCUGCUGAAGACCAUCAAACCUAUGCUGCACGAUCUGAACACAUAUCUGCACAAAGCCAUUCCAGACACCAAACUCACCAUCAGAAAAUAUCUGGACGUCAAGUUUGAGUAUCUGUCGUACUGUCUGAAGGUGAAGGAGAUGGAUGAUGAAGAAUACAGCUGUAUCGCUCUGGGUGAUCCACUGUACCGAGUCAGCACCGGUAACUAUGAGUACCGCCUGGUUCUGCGCUGUCGUCAGGAAGCUCGUGCUCGCUUCGCUAAAAUGCGCAAAGAUGUUCUGGAGAAGAUCGAACUGCUGGACCAGAAACAUGUUCAGGAUAUCGUCUUCCAGCUGCAGCGCUUCGUCUCAGGAAUGUCUCAUUACUAUGAUGACUGUUACGCUGUCCUGAAAGAGGCGGACGUGUUCCCGAUCGAGGUGGAUCUGUCCAGAACCACCAUCAACUACAGUGGACAAAACCUCUCAUAUGAAGAUGAGGACGAGGAGGAGAACAGAGAAGCAGAGCAAGAUCUUCAGCAAAAAGAGAACGGAGCAGAGAAACUUAUUGAUGAUGAAUGAAAGUACAUGAGUAAAUGAAUGAACAAGUGAGUGAUUGAACUACUUCAGUUAGGUGUGUGAUUGAAUCACUGAGUGAGUGAAUCAGUGAGUGAGUGAAUCAGUGAGUGAGUGAAUCAGUGAGUAAGUGAACCAGUGGUGAAUGAGUAAAAUGUGUGCUGUGGGGUUUCUAGGUUUUUGCACGCAGAACAUUUUAAAUAAAGAUAUAAUUGUAUUGCUGUUCAAACAUUUCAAAUCAAAGGGACCUUAAAUCUAAUGGAUUUUGUGAAGCUUGUGGAUCUGAUAAGGUCUGGUGGAGCUCAUGUAUUCAAAUGUGUUUGCACAACAAAGUUUUUGCCUUAUUUAUUUAUAUUUUACUAUCACUUAAACACUGGAUGAAUAUAUUUUGAAGUUACUGCUACAGAUCUAAAUGUCAUGGUGUUUCUGUCUGUCUAGUUUUGUUUGAUUUUCUUGUGAAUUUAAUCAUUUGUGGUAUUUUUUAGUUGCUGUUUGGGGUGGUGGGUAAUGUAUACACCUGUGAUAUGACUACUAAACAUGAUGAAGGUGAAAAGCAGCAUUAUUUAAACAAGAAGCCUUGACAAAUAUGAAUCCUGUUAAAUGCGAAUAAAUAUCAAUCUAACUUUA